UAGGUUUUAAUAACUAGCCCUGCCUUUCCACCACUCCCAAAUGCAAGAUAUUGUCUUAUCUAAGUUGUCUUUCCAGAAGUUAAAAGGCAGUGAGUAAGGCAGUAAGCAGCAGCCAAAAACAAAAUGGAAAGGGAAAAGAUUGUAACUAGAGAACCAAGUGACUUAUUUGACUGGAAUCUCGCCAGCAGGAAGAAAGAUGUAAGGAGAAAGAGUUCCUUCACUAGCCAAUGCGUUAUGACGGGUAUUGUAUAUGACGAGCGAAUGAAGAAUCACAGGAACGACAAUAAUCCAAAUCAUCCUGAGUGCCCCGAGAGGAUUAGCUCCAUAUGGGAACAGUUGGUUGAUGACGGUGUGGUUGAGUGCUGUAGGAGAAUAGAUGCUAGAUCUGCCACCGAGCAAGAGAUAUUAUAUGUUCACAGUAAAACUCAUUACGAUGAAAUGGUAGCAACUGAGAACAUGUCUUUGGAGAAAUUAUUUCAACGAGCUCUUCGUCUCAAUUCUAUUUAUAUAAAUCCAUCUUCAAUGCAGUGUGCUCUUCUUGCUGCUGGCUCUGUAUGUGAAGUUACAAAGCUAGUGAUUGAUGAAACUGUUGAUAAUGGGGUUGCUAUAGUGAGGCCGCCUGGUCAUCAUGCAGAGUCCUACACGUCAAUGGGUUUCUGUUUCUUCAAUAAUGUAGCCAUCGCUGCCAAAAUGGCUAUUGAAGAGUAUGGAGUCAAGAGGAUUCUCAUUAUUGACUGGGAUGUUCAUCAUGGCAAUGCAACACAGCACAUGUUCUAUGAUGACAACAGGGUCUUGUAUGUUAGUCUUCAUCGUCACGAUAACGGUGGGUUCUACCCUGGUGGUGACGAAGGUGACUAUGAUAAAGUUGGCAAAGGCAAAGGCUCCGGCUAUAAUGUCAACAUACCUUGGAAUCUGGCUAGGAUGGGUGAUGCCGAAUACAUGAGUGCCUUCUAUCAGAUCAUAAUGCCAAUUGCAUUUGAGUACCAGCCAGAGCUUGUAAUAGUUUCGUCAGGUUUUGAUUCUGGUGAAGGAGACCCAAUAGGAGGUUAUAGGGUUACUCCUAAUGGGUAUGCUCACAUGACGCAUCAAUUGAAAUCUCUCGCAGACGGAAAGAUUGUUGUAGCUCUUGAAGGUGGGUAUAAUCUCACCACUAUAUCGCACUCAAUGUCUGCUGUUGUGCAAGUUCUUUUGGGCGACACACCACGUUCACUUGAGUCCUGUGUUCCUAAUGAUAGUGCUCUUGCUUCUAUUGGUAAUGCUGCAAAGUGUUUAUCAAAAUACUGGAAAUCACUCAGACACUGGCAAGACCAGCCAGUAAAAGGGACAGUGGAAGAGUUUGCUCCAUUAACCAGUAGCAGUGUAGUAGAUCCAGCACCACUGACUGAUGAUAGUAUGAGCAACAGUCAAGCAGAUGAAAUGAGAGGAGAUGAUUCCAUUAUAAUUGAGAAUGGUGAGACCCCCAAGUCUAAACCCAUGCCGGACGAAAGCCUAAAAAGAAGCGAUGAAGAAAUACUCUCGGAGCCUCCACCUCCUGGCACUAUCCCCAUAUCCUCUGACUCCAUACCAUUGGAUGUAGCACAGAAAGCAUUAAUACAACAACUGGAGGAUGAAGGAAAUGCCUGUAUGUUUGCUGUUAAUCCAUUGUCCUGGUGUCCUCACUUGGAGUCCAUAGUACCAAUAGAAGGGUCGCUGGACACGUCUGCAUUAUGUGAGACGUGUAGUACACCACGUGAGAACUGGGUCUGUCUCACCUGUCAGCAUGUGCAUUGUGGACGAUACAUUAAUAAGCAUAUGCUCGAGCACAGUGAAGCUUCUGGACACAAUAUUGUAUUGUCGUAUGCUGAUCUUUCUGUUUGGUGUUUCACUUGUGAUUCUUACGUUUAUAAUCCUGUUCUCUUCCCAUUUAUCAAAUUGGCAAGUGAUGACAAAUUUAAGUAGACAACAAUAGUAGUUCUUAUAAAACUUAUAGAAUUUAUAAAAUUUUGUGUGUGUGUGUUUUAUACUUUACAACCAAAAAAUCAGUUAAAAUACAAUAAA